AUGUCACACCAAACUGGAAUCAACGCAACAUCUGAGCUGAAAGAGUUUCUGGCCCGAGCGAGGGGAGGUGCCAUCAGAAUAAUGAAGAUUGUCAUCAGAAAUGAGGAGUUGGUAUUAGAUUUGUACAGAGAGCCAGCACACAGCUGGGACAAAGAUUACGAUCAGUUCCUGCUUCCUCUGCUCACGCCUCAGGAACCCUGUUACAUCCUCUACCGCCUGGACUCCCAGAAUGCACAGGGAUACGAGUGGAUCUUCAUCGCCUGGUCACCGGACCAAUCACCAGUGAGGCAGAAGAUGGUGUAUGCAGCGACACGUGCCACACUGAAGAAAGAGUUUGGAGGAGGUCACAUCAAAGAUGAAAUAUUUGGCACGGUCGAGGAUGACCUGAGCUUCCAGGGAUACCUGCGACACAUGUCCUCCUGCUGCUCCCCGGCUCCGCUCACAGCAGCCGAGCAGGAACUACAACGAAUUAAAGUCUCAGAGGUAAAGUUUAAACUAUACAGACUCUCUAAAUACAUACUAAUAUCUAUGUUUAUUUUUUCCCUGCAGGUCACAAUGGAGUUUGGCUUGGACAAACGUGCACAGACUCUUCAAGGUCUUGCAUUCCCGUUACAAGAAGAGGCCAAACGAGCUCUGCAGCAGCUCAAGCAGAGACGCAUCAACUACAUCCAGCUGAGGCUGGAUGUAGAGAAAGAGACCAUUGAGCUGGUUCACACCAAACCAACAGAGACUCACGAGCUUCCCUACAGGAUUCCCACAGACUCACCCAGAUACCACUUCUUCAUCUUCAAACAUUCCCACCAGGGCCAGCUGCAGGAGGCGCUGGUGUUCAUAUAUUCGAUGCCGGGAUACACCUGCAGUAUCAAGGAGCGGAUGUUGUAUUCCAGCUGUAAGAACAGACUACUGGACGAGGUGGAGAGAGAUUACCAGCUGGAGGUCACCAAAAAGAUGGAGAUUGACAACGGCGACGGUCUGACAGAAGACUUCCUGUACGAGGAGGUCCACCCCAUGGAGCACACCUUAAAGCAGGCCUUUGCCAAGCCCCGCGGCCCAGGAGGGAAGAGGGGCAACAAACGCCUCAUCAAGGGUGCUGGGGAGAACGGGGAAGAAAGUUAG